AUGGCCAGCCCCGUCGUCGAUCCAGUCCACCCUCCUAUCUCUCCUCCGCCGCCAGUGUACCUACGCGCGUCUCCCCCACCGUCUCCCCCGAAGUCAGAUCUCCCCGAAGUUCCCAGUAUCGAGCUCUCAGGGGGGCCAUCCAACCUGGGAAACGUAAAGAGGAAGCCCAUCCCGCAUGUCCCCAUGCAAUUCGAUAGCAAUGCACAUAUUCACAGCUCGCCGCUGUCGUCCGUACGAAUCGAUGGCUCGGUCGCAAUUCCGCAGGCGUCUAGUGCCGUGAUUGAGGAGGGUUCGGAGAUCUUCAGCAACGAAUCGUCCGUUCUCGAUCAAUCGCUGUCCAAUAUGAAGAUUGUCGAGCCGGUUGAGAAUGUCACAUCCCCCAAGUUCCCGCCGCGAGUUGAUUCGGUUUCUGCAAUUACCCCGAUUGCAGCCGCAAAUCGGCACACAUCUGCCAGCACUGGAUCAUGGUCAUUAAUGGGCAAUGAGAAGGAUGACAGCUCUAAACACGGGUCAACAGACCGACAAGAUUCGGUGUCCAAGGCUUACCAUAACUCUAACUCAUCUCAAGGGAGCUUAGACAGCUCUCAACAGAUGGAUUAUCACCCUCUCCAGUACCACCACCGCCCUUUCCGCGAUUCACCCACCGGCCGGCAGUCCGGAGCAUCUUCUGCUGAAUAUCUUGCUAACCCAAAUCAACUACUGCCUCCUGGGAAAGGAAUCCCGCGCCCAGUUUCUGCACACUCUUCCACGUCAGAUCUAAGAAGCCGGUCGCCGAAUCACUCCCCUAACGUCCAUGCUCGACACUCAUCGGGUUACUCACCGGACAUGCGGCCGAUGUCGACGUUUGUUGAUCUGCUAAAUACAUCAUACCCUCAGCCGUCGCCGUCGCCAGCCGGGAAAAACAACGACCAUUUACGGAUGCUAGUAGGGAACAACGUAUCGCUACUGAGCCAUAAACAGACAUUUGAAAUGUACUUGGCCAACGUCAAGAAAACGAAUGACCCGGCCGUUCAAUAUGAGUUUGCGGUUUUCAUGAUUAGCGCGAUUCAGGAGAUGUACGCACAGGAGGAAGAUGACACAGUGGUGGUGGAUAAAGAGAAAGGCGUUGCGCCAGAUAUUACACGUUCUCGCUUGCUGCUUGAAGCGAAGACAAUCUUGCAACGACUUGCAGAUCGUAGUUAUCCGUUCGCACAGUACUACCUUGGAGACGGGUACUCGUCAGGACUUUUCAAUAAGGGUAAGGUGGACUAUGAACGUGCUUUGCCUCUAUUCGUGGCAGCUAGCAAGCAUGGACAUGCAGAAGCAGCAUAUCGGGCGGGCCUGUGUAACGAGUUUGGCUGGGGCUGUCGGGUCGACGGACCAAAAGCUGCCAACUUCUACCGCACAGCAUCCUCUAAGAACCAUCCCGGAGCGAUGCUGCGGCUUGCUCGAGCUUGCCUUGGCGGCGACCUAGGACUGGGGAAACGUUAUCGUGAAGGAUUGAAAUGGCUGAAACGUGCCGCCGAAGCAGCCGACCUGCAGUACAAUGCGGCCCCAUACGAGCUGGGACUGUUACACGAAAAAGGGUUUGGAGAGGAUAUCUUCAAGGAUGAGGGCUAUGCUGCUCAGCUGUAUACCAAGUCUGCGGACUUGGGCCAUGGCGAGGCCAACUUUCGAAUGGGCCAUGCGUACGAAUUUGGCGAACUCAACUGUCCUAUUGACCCAGCAUUGAGUAUUCAUUUCUACACGGCCGCGGCGCAGAUGGAGCUACCAGAGGCGCAAUUAGCAUUGUGUGCUUGGUAUCUCAUUGGUGCGGAACCAAUUUUGGAAAAGGAUGAAAUGGAGGCAUACGAAUGGGCUCGUCGGGCAGCAGAAAAAGGCCUCGCCAAAGCCCAAUACACGGUGGGCUUCUUCACCGAGAGCGGCAUCGGCUGCCACCGCGAUCCUCUGGAGGCGAAUGUCUGGUACGUCAAAGCUGCGGAUCAGGGAGAAGAGCGCGCCAAACACCGGCUGGCAGCAAUCCAAGCAGCAGCAGAUGGCGCAAACCCAGUCUCCGCCGCAAAGCCCCGAAAGAAAAACCGCACAUCAUCAUCGGAAGCAAAUAAAGAAAAAACUAAAUCCAAAAUCUUCGGCAUUUUCUAG